CUGCUUCCGUCAUCGUAGAUCCAUGAGAUCUUCAGCGGGAAAGCUUCUCUCCCAUUCUCUACGGAGAAACCGCGGGAAACCUGUUGCCGGAGGCCAUGGAUUUUGGAUUCCGGCUACGAGGUCGUCAUCGAAGAUGUGGAUUUCGACGGUCCCGUCAGAUGAAAAACCUGAUCAAAAUUCAAUCGAUGCAGGAUCUUCAAUGCGGAAACCAAUUAGCUUAUGGCCUGGAAUGUAUCAUUCUCCGGUGACUAAUGCGCUUUGGGAAGCUAGACGUAAUAUGUUCGAAAGCCCUACCGGAGACGACGAUUCUCUUUCAAAAUUGACGGCUAAGUCUCCGUCUCGAAGCCGGACUUCGAUUCUCUACAAGUUUUCUUCUGAUUUUGUUCUUCGAGAACAGUAUAGGAAUCCUUGGAAUGAGAUUCGUACUGGUAAAUUGGUUGAAGAUCUUGACGCUCUUGCUGGAACCAUCUCCUUCAAGCAUUGUGGUGGUGAUAGCAGUGCGAGAUCAAUGAUUUUGGUGACUGCUUCAGUGGAUAGGAUUAUCAUGAAAAGACCAAUUCGUGUGGAUGUUGACCUGAGUAUAGUUGGCGCUGUUACAUGGGUUGGAAGAUCAUCCAUGGAGAUGCAAUUACAAGUACUCCAAAGUCAAGAUGCCAAUUCCGCUGAGUCGGUUGCCCUUGAAGCAAACUUUACAUUUGUGGCUCGUGAUGCCCAGACAGGCAAGUCAACUCCAAUUAACCAAGUCGUACCAGAAACUGAGCAUGAAAAACUUCUGUGGAAAGAGGCAGAAGAGAGGAACAAACUACGAAAACAAAAGAGAGCACAAGGUAAAGAAGAGCAUGAGAAGUUGAAGGACUUAGAGAGGCUAAAUGAGUUAUUAGCAGAAGGACGAGUAUUCCUGGACAUGCCAGCUCUUGCAGAUCGGAACAGCAUCCUAAUUAAGGAUACUUCCCAUGAAAACUCAUUGAUCUGCCAGCCACAGCAACGAAAUAUUCAUGGCAGAAUUUUUGGAGGCUUCUUGAUGCGCAAAGCUUUUGAGUUGGCCUUCUCCAAUGCUUACACCUUCGCUGGGGUUUCACCACGUUUUCUGGAAGUUGACCGCGUCGAUUUUAUCAAACCAGUGGAUGUUGGAAACUUCCUUCGUUUCAAAUCACGAGUAUUGUACACAGAAGCAACCAGUUCAGCUGAACCGCUGAUAAACAUCGAGGUUGUAGCUCAUGUUACAAGUCCAGAGCUCAGGUCCAGCGAAGUCUCUAACAGGUUCUACUUCACCUUCAGUGUGAGACCUGAGGCCAUGAAAGAUGGAUUGAAAAUAAGGAAUGUGGUUCCAGCAACAGAAGAAGAAGCUAGAACGAUUUCAGAGCUGAAACAAAUAAAAACCAUGGAGAAGAGAGAAGAGGAGCAACAAAAGCGCGACGAUUCCAGAUUCAAUCAAACACUUAAGAACGUCCAAGGGUUUCUUAAAGGUAGAAGUAUUCCUGGUAAAGUAUUGUUGACUAGGAGAUCAGAUCCUCCUCCAUACCCAAUCUCUCCAACAUAUCAACGGAGCUUAUCGGAGAAUGACGCCGGUCGAAAUGAGCGAUUCGAGAGUCCCGUUGAGGUGGAAGAUCACAAUUCAAGUAAGAAACAUGAUAAUACAUAUGCUGGUAAGCUACGAUCAAACUCUAGUGCUGAAAGGAGUGUGAAAGAAGUUCAAAACCUGAAGAUAGGUGUUAGAUCAAGUGACUCUGCUAGAGUUAUGAAGUUCAACAAAGUGCUUUCAGAAACAACUGUCAUCUUAGAGAAACUGCGCGAACUAGCAUGGAAUGGUGUGCCACACUAUAUGCGACCUGAUGUCUGGCGGCUUCUCUUGGGAUAUGCACCACCUAAUUCAGAUAGAAGGGAGGCUGUUCUGAGAAGAAAACGUCUUGAAUAUCUGGAAUCUGUUGGCCAAUUUUAUGACCUUCCAGAUUCCGAACGAUCUGAUGAUGAGAUCAAUAUGCUUCGCCAGAUUGCUGUUGACUGUCCAAGGACUGUACCAGAUGUCAGUUUCUUUCAGCAAGAACAGGUGCAGAAAUCACUGGAGCGUAUUCUUUACACGUGGGCCAUUAGGCAUCCAGCGAGCGGAUACGUUCAGGGAAUAAAUGACCUGGUCACGCCCUUCCUAGUUAUUUUCUUGUCAGAAUAUCUAGAUGGCGGUGUAGACUGUUGGUCAAUGUCUGAUCUAUCUGCUGAAAAAGUCUCAGAUGUAGAAGCGGAUUGCUACUGGUGCUUAACAAAGCUACUUGAUGGUAUGCAAGAUCAUUACACGUUUGCUCAACCUGGAAUCCAGAGACUUGUGUUUAAGCUGAAGGAACUGGUCAGGCGUAUUGAUGAACCUGUUUCAAGACACAUGGAAGAGCAUGGGCUGGAGUUUCUUCAGUUUGCUUUCCGGUGGUAUAACUGUCUUCUCAUUCGUGAGAUCCCUUUCAAUCUCAUCAACCGCCUAUGGGACACUUAUCUUGCUGAAGGGGAUGCCUUGCCAGACUUUCUAGUGUAUAUAUAUGCUAGCUUUCUCUUGACGUGGUCUGAAGAGCUAAAGAAGCUAGAUUUUCAAGAAAUGGUAAUGUUCCUGCAACACCUUCCGACACAUAACUGGUCAGACCAAGAGCUCGAAAUGGUGUUGUCAAGAGCUUACAUGUGGCAUAGUAUGUUCAAUAAUUCCCCAAACCAUUUGGCUAGCUGAAAUGACUUUUCCUCCAUGAUGCUGCUGUUUUUCCCUUGGUUAUAUUAUCUUCUUCUUCUUCUUGUCAAAAUCAGCUUUCGGGGUUUUUUUUGUUUGGUUAUGGUAAAUGCUAACAUUCUUGUCUUGUUAAUUGUUAUUAGUUAUGUAUGUUUUCACGCACCUCUUGUUGAAUCUUCUCACCAGUUUGUGUGUUUGUAAUAUUUGUAGCUUUCACUAAUUUUGGCUGUCUCAAUAAUUUUUAUUUGGAAUU